GGUGACUUGAAUACUGAAAAUGAGAUGAGAUCAGGGGAUAAACCUGAAGUUAAUACUCAACCAGUGUCUUCAAAAACUCCAGAAACUUCGGUAGAACCUGUUUCUAAAUUACCAGCUGAUGAUCUUAUUCCAGAAGACCAAGGAUCUUCAUCUUUCCCAAUGCCAGUGUCUUUGGCAGAUCCCUGCCUAGUGCUUUCCUCUGUUACAAGCACAGCGGGACAAAAGCUGCCGCUGCAAAGCAGUGAGAGACCGCAAGUCACUCUUCUGGGUUCAGGGGGAUGUAGUCUGAAGAAUAAUUUCAACUCUGUAGUUCCUGCAAAAACUGGGAAAAGUACUUCUGAUGCUACCACUCAGAUAACAACAGAGAGUCCAGAAAAAACCACCUUUUCAGCAGAAAUUUGUGUUAAUUCACAGGAUGGUGAAAGUGCUGCCCGCCAAUCGUCUCCUCUUCAGAAAGCAUGUGAACUCCCCAACAGCACAACUUCAUCUCUUAACAAGAUUUCCUCUUUCUCAAGGCAGGGUGAUCAGCCCUUAUUGCUGCCAUAUAAACCUUCGGGAAGUACUGGGAUGUAUUAUGUUCCCUAUCUAAAGGCAGGAUCCAAAAUUUCUCCAGCUGAGUCAGAAACGAGUGUUGAGAGCUCUCACUCAGGGUCAAACGAUGCUCUUCCUCCAAGGAAGAUGUCCACAUGUCCAGCAAAUGUGCUUGGUUUAAGGGAUGAUAAUCCUCCAGACAGUGUGGCUAUCAAGCAUAAAGAAGGAAUCUACAGUAAGAGGGCCAAGCCCAAGCUAGCCUGGGCUGAGAAGCAAGUGAUACCACUGGAAGCUUCCCCAGAAGACGCAGAUCAUUUGAAGUCUGUAAAAACCACUCAUUCGGUCUGCAAAUCUGCACGGUUCUACCUUCAUCACCCGAUGCCCGUGCGUGGGAGCUACUUCCUGUCUAACAGCGAGCUGUCGGAAGACAGUUCUGGUGUUGGACAUGCUAGACCUUCCUUCAGGGCUGUCUUGCAGAAUCGGAAAAAAGCACAUCGUCAUCAACAUGUUUCCUCUGUUCGUCAUGAAAAAGAUGGUGAAAAUGAAUUAAGCGUUAGCACAUCUUCAGGGAAUGAAACGUCAGGGAAGGAGCUACUUCAGCCUUGCAGAACAGAAACGGAACAAAAGGCAGCUAGAAAUUCUCCUUUGCUGUGUAGCCAAACAACUCGCCUCAGUGAGACUGUGGAGAGAGACCUACCACCAAGACAUAGAACCCGCUCCAGUGGCAGCUUAGAUGAACUCUGGAUUAAGUUUUUAGAGUGCCAGAAGAGACACCAGCACCAAGCUUUUAGGCGUAAUGGCGAGCUGUCCCUUGUUGAACGCCUUGAUCGGUUGGCCAGGGUCCUUCAGAAUCCCAUUAAGCAUACACUAAUACCAACAUCUGAAAAGAAUGUUUCUGAAAAGAAAAUUAAGGGAAGAGAGCAGAAGAAACUAAGACUGCCAGAAAAGAGCGUGUCUGAAUGUACCUUAGAGCCCAACGCAACACUUGUUAAAGACAGACCACAUAUCACCCAUGAUAAAAAUAACUUUGUUGAGCUCAGGAAAAGUAGGUCAGGAGAGAAAAUCAUCGGCCACGUGAAUAAAAUUUUGGAGCACCAGCAGUACUUGGAAACUCCUAGCGACACUUCCUCAGAGACAAGGCUUAGUGGAGAUCGUGGCACCACGAUCAGUUCCACCACCUCAGAAUCGGAUGCGGUGACUCAAACAGAGAUGGAAACUGCUACUCAGACUGAGGUGAGCAGUUCCAUUUCCACCAUCGACACUGCCAGGCUGAUCAGGGCUUUUGGCCAUGAAAGAGUGCAGGUGUCACCGAGACUCUCCCAGCUUUAUUGUGCCAUCAACCACCAGAAAAGUCGCUCUGAAAAGUGGGACAAGGGAAGUGGCAAAACAGCGGGUGUAGAAUAUCCAAAGGUUGCUUCUGAGAGACACAGGAAAAGGAAUGAGAUCCAGAAUGCAAUCUCCCUUUCAUCGGAUUCAGCUUCUGCAAGCAGUGGUUCUUGGGGGCCAAGCUCUGCUCUUAGUAACAAGCGACGGACACGGAUGCUAAACAAAGGUAUCCAAGCAGGAGACUUGGAGAUUGUGAACAGUGCAACUAAGAAAAACACUCGAGAUGUUGGUGUGACUUUUCCUACCCCAAGAUCUAGCCAGCCAAAUCAACGGCCACAGGAACCCUGGCACUGUGUUGAUGGUAUUUUUGGAGAGUCAGAUGGUAUGGUCACAGAUCAUCAGGCAGCAGGAAGCAAGGGUAAGCAGAAGGGACAGCCAGGCAAUGUUUUCGUGGAGAAAAGGACGAGAAGGAGCAGGCUGCAUUUACCACAAGGAAUUUCAUGGUUUGUCCAAGCAGAGGACUUGAAAUCUGAAUCUAGGAAAGAAAACCAUACCAAUUCCUUUUCUGGUCCUGGUCCUUCUUGGUUUGAACCGUUGACCAGCACAAAGCCUUGGAGGGAACCUCUCCGGGAGAAGAACUGGCAAGAGCAGCGGCACAGCAACGUGAUUCAACCAGCAGUUCCAGAAAGAGAUGCUGAGAACAGGUCCCUGCGACCGUUCAUGAAGCUUUCGCUACAGGAGGCUCUUGCAGUGCAUCGCCCUGAUUUCAUCUCCCGCUCUGGAGAGCGAGUGAAGCGUCUGAAGCUUGUCAUGGAGGAAAGGAGGAUACAGAGCGUACUGCAGUCUGAACGAGAAGAGCUAUUUAAUGCUCCAGAGAAAAGAAAGGGCUACAGGAAUGCAAGUCACAUGCUGUCCGACAGAGGUUUUCCGAUUAAAGAAAAAAGAAGAACAAUUCCAAAGAGUGAAAUGGUUCAAAGAUCUAAACGGAUCUAUGAGCAGCUGCCAGAGGUGCAGAAGAAGCGAGAGGAGGAGAAGAGAAAAAUGGAAUACAACUCGUACCGCCUGAAAGCCCAGCUGUACAAAACGAAAAUCACCAACCGUGUCUUAGGGAGGAAGGUGCCUUGGAACUGAUAGAGAUCGCCUGGUCGCACAAAGGUGUAUUGCACUUGCAGCAUAAACAAGACUGAUGUG